AAUAUUGGCGGGAAAUGUAGAAAUGGCAGUGUGGGGACAGCGUGCGUGCAUCUUUCUGCAAAACAUUGUCUCUUACUGCGCAUUUCGGCAAUUUCUCAAGCUUUUAACAUACCUGGGGGAUUAAUCUAAUGAAAAAGGAUCUCAAAGUUGAAGAAUGUGGGAUAGAACCAUGACAGAAAUGCGGAUUGAGUUCGAUUCACGUUCGAGAUUACUGAACAAUGCCGUUCCAGAACAGUUUGUGUUUGCAGUUUUUCGGUUGACAUGGAGGGCAAGAGGCAAACUUGAAAGCCAGGGAGGACUUACCAAGAUAGUCUUGUGUCCCUGUUUAUUUGGCUGGAAAGCAUGCUUCCGCAGAAAUCAUGUUAGGAGGUGGGCAAAGACGUGGCAGCAUAACUGGCACCCUAGCGUCGGCACUAGGCAGUGGCGAAAAACGUGGGAGCAUCACCCUCAAACCUCCCGAUGAAGCCGCCAACACCAAAGGUCAGGGGUCAGAGAUGGCGAACGCUGCGACCGAGCUGAGUCCGAAGGCGGAGCUGUUUCGCUCGCGCCUCAUUCACGACUUCAACAUGCUGGACUCCAUUGGGGAGACGGGAGUUUUCACCGCCCCAAAGUACCACAUGCCAGAGCUCAUGGACCCGGAAGUGAUGAACAAGCUGAUGGUGGAGAGUCCCAACGCGCUGGUCAAGUUCCAGAUACACGAGCACAUGGAGUCGCUUUUUGUGGACCGCACGCUCCGACGCAAGAACCGCGUACGGAACAAGUACUCCAAGCUCCCCUCGCUGGAUCUGUGGGCCAGCUGGAUUCUCGAGAGCAACUUUUUCCAGAAGUUCAUGUUGUUUUUGAUCCUGAGCAACUCCAUUGUGCUCGGCAUUGACUCGGAGGUUGGAGAUAAUGAAGACUAUGCCAUCCUGAACAUGUGCAUCAAAAUCUUUGACUACUGCUCCCUCAUCAUGUACAUGUUGGAGAUCAUCUUGAAGUGGUUGGACGACUUCAUCCCCUUCUGGAGUAGUGGCUGGAAUGUCUUUGACUUCAUUGUCACAGUACAGUCUGUAGUCCCUGAGGUCAUGAAUAUGACUGGAGAUGUUGGAACGGGCGGUCUCGGCGACAUCGCCAAGCAGAUGCGCAUCUUCCGCGUGCUGCGGUCGCUAAAGAUGGUUUCCCGUUUCCGCCAAGUCCGACUCAUCGCUCUGGCCAUCACCAAGGCAUUUCAGUCCAUGACCUUCAUCUUGCUGCUGCUGUUGACCUUCAUGUACAUCUUCGCCAUCAUGGGCAUCAUCUUCUUUGAGAACUACACCAACGCUGAGGGGAUUUACCUGGAGUACCAGAAUAGCUUUAGCUCCAUCCAGAACGCGUUCAUCACGCUGAUCCAGCUCUUCACACUGGACCACUGGCACGAGCUGCUGAUGGACCUGGUGAAGGUGGCCAACCCCGUCCUGUCUGGCUUCUAUGUCAUCCUCUGGAUCUUCAUUGGCUCCUUCAUCUUCCGCAACAUCUUUGUGGGCAUCAUGGUGAACAACUUCCAGAACAUCCGUAACGACCUUGUUGUGGAGGUUCAGCAGUACGAGCGAGCCAUCCAGGUGGCAGAGAUGGAGGAAAAACUCAAGAACGAGCUAUCUAACAGACGUGACAGCCGUCAAAGCCUAAUGAGUGGACAGGCAGAGAGUGGGGUGAGGGAGGCUAAAAGUACUGAAGAGGUUUUGGAGACAACAGUCAUCACAGAGACGGUGUCUCCUACAAGGUCAUUUCUCAGCACUGGCCCAGAGGAGCCUUCUAAGAGUGCCAUCAGUUUCAUGGACCAAGAUGCGGAAAGCGUGCAGCGGAACAUCAGCGAUCACCUGCUGGAGGCUGAGAAAACUGAUGCAGACUGGGACAGGAUUGUUCAGGAGAACAUGACAGUCCUGUCUGAGGCCAUCCAUGAGACAGUCUGGCCCAGGGACACCCUGUUUAAGUACUACCGACUCAUGGAGAGACUGCAGGACAAUCUGGAGGAGCGCAUGGAGCUGCACCGCCUCGCAUCCCUGGCACUUUUGCAGAUCUAUGAUUCCUAGUUCUGACUGAUAUGCAGGCCAGCAAUUAGCACUAGUCUUUUUUAAAGACUAAGCACAUGUACACAUACACAUCUGCUUGAUCCUUAGUUUACAUUGUCCUACAACAUAUGAAAGUUUGAAUAUAUAUGUAUAUCGUCUCUUGUGAAUUUUACAUUUUCGUGACAGACUUUGAGCUGUGUCAUCAGCUACAGAUAUGCACGUGGACACUGGCAGUGAAAGAAAUACUGUAUGACAAAAUAAAUAACUUAUGAAGUUACUUCUUUCUACGCGUCCUUUCAAUUAGUAUUUUUUAAGGAAAAUUACAUUUUCACAACAGAUCUGUUUUUCAUGUGGUUUGUCAUACACAUUAACAUGUCGUUUAGACAUUCUCUCAUUUUUACAAGACUUCAUUCCUUUCUAGUAGAAAACAAUAUUUACCUCCAUGAAAUGUCAUGGAGGUUAU